CACUCUCGUUGCCGUAGCCCGUCGGUGUCAAGUUCGGCAGAAGGUUGAACGCGCUUUGGCAGAGUGGCCAUCGUUCCGUGGUGUUUGUCGUUCAGUUCGGGUGAUUUGAAAAGAGAAGUGCAGAAGACUAAAAAGCAGCUAGCUAGAGUAGAGGCUGCCCUCUGUGUGCUCCAACUGUGCGAAGCAAAAAUCUACAAUUUAUGACGUUCCCAGUUGGACCAGGAAAAGAAGCGACCCGAAUCGGAUUGGUAAUACGGAUGUGAGCUUGGGGAAGUUGGGAUCGAUCCGUAGGCAGGUGCUGGAGCACAAAUUUAGAGUUCAGAGUAGCCUUCUGGUGUCGGAAGAAUUCCCAAAGCAGACGUUCGUCAGGAAAAAUUUCAUGGAACAACAUCAUCCGAAAAGUGAAUCGAUCCGGACUUGCCGUUGUCGUUGGUGCAAUCGGGAGGAUUGUUUUCGGGCGACCUGAAAAACAGAAGUGCUGGAAAAGUUUGAAAUUGGAAAAACGCGACCAUAAUCAAAACGUGCAUCCAGUACAGGUGAUUCGUCGUGUCGUUUAGCGAGAAGCGACCAACGAAGGGGAAGCAGCAACACGCGAAACCGAAAAUGAUUCGCGAAUGACCAAACGAAAGGAAAAGCGAUAAAGCAGGAGCAGCAACGAAGAAGCACCAAACGAGGAGCGGAGAGGUGCUAUCGAUUUUCCUCGCGAUCCAGAGCAGCAGCAGCGAAGAAGAUCGGUGACAGAAAGAGAAGGGAAGAGAAGUGUGUGUGUCGGUCGAAGAACAGCUGAGACGCGGACAAGUUUGUAGGCCACUCUGGCAGAAAACAGCUGCGGCACUGAUAGGGGUGUGUGUGCUAGCGGAGAGCCGUGGGUGAAAAUUUUAAUGAUAUGAAGUGUGGAUACUGUCGUCGUUGAUCGAUAGUGGAUUGUGCUUUCCAAAAUUUUCAUCUUUCCUUCUUGUGGCAAACAAAGAAUACGUAGUGUGUGUCUAGAGCCUCAAAAGGUGGGCUAAGGCAAAGGAGGUGAAGAAGCCAAAAGAAAUAGGAGCCAUCCAUAGUGGUUCUGUGGGUGCCGAAAUCGAAGAGAAGAAGAGGGUGGUUGUGAGGUGUUGAAGGUGGAAAAGUUCACGCACUCACGCACGCGAGUGAAACAUCUGUUCGUUGUUGAACAAACGGAACGCCGUGGACAGAGAGUGUUGUUGGUGUGAGAGGGACUCAGUCCUGAAAGCAACGAGAGCGACGACAACACAAGCAGCAGCAGCAGCACAGCACACAGGUUAACGACAGCGUUGCCAGAUCAACCGGUUGACUGGCAACUCUGUUGUUGAACGUUACUGUUACGUCCGGCCCUCGGUAGGAUAGGUGCCCCCGGUUCGGAAGUGCUCUCAGCGCUACCGGCCAUCUUUUCUUUUGGGACCCGGGUACAGAAGCGGCUUGUAAAAUAAAUUUUAAUCUGACGCUCGGUUGGUUCGGCGGUGCUUCUGAAAUGUCCGACACCGGCAGUGGACACGACGGAGCCCAAAAGGACUACUCGCAAAAAAUGGACGGCGGUGGCGGUGGUGACUUUGAUUCCGGUCAGCAAAGUCAACAAACCGAACAAGAGCUGGCCACCAAAAUGCUGCAGAUCCAAUCGAAACGAUUCUAUCUGGAUGUGAAGCAGAAUCGCCGUGGUCGGUUUAUCAAAGUGGCCGAAAUCGGUGCCGACGGUCGGCGCAGUCAGAUUUUCUUGGCCUUAUCGACGGCGGCUGAGUUCCGAGACCACCUAUCGACGUUCAGCGACUAUUACGCGUCGCUGGGACCACCGAAUCCGGACAACGUGCCCGAAGAUGGCAAGCUAAAGUCAGAGAUGAUGAUCAAGGACAAUCGACGGUACUAUCUGGACCUGAAGGAGAACGUCCGAGGCCGGUUUCUGCGCGUAUCACAGACGAUUACUCGCGGGGGUCCCCGAUCGCAGAUUGCCAUUCCGGCGCAGGGGAUGAUCGAGUUCCGCGAUGCCCUGACGGAUCUGUUGGAGGAGUUCGGCACGAACGACGGCGGAUUCAAGGGCGAACUGCCUGAGGGGCGCCACAUGCGUGUGGACAACAAAAACUUCUACUUUGACAUCGGACAGAACAGCCGGGGCAUCUACAUGCGGGUGUCAGAGGUGAAAAGCAACUUCCGGACCGCGAUAACCGUGCCGGAGAAGUGCUGGUCGCGAUUCCGCGACAUCCUCACCGAUUACUGCGACAAGAUGAAGAAAACGUCCGAGUCAACCACAUCGUCGAUCACUGCCGAUAAUCCAUUGCAGAAGCAAACAUCAAAUAAUAUGUAAAUUAGUGACGAGAGCGAGAGAGAAACAGAUAUCUUUUCGGUCCCGUUUCGUUUGUUUUCCCCCUUUUUGGCUAAGUUUAGUUUUUCCUAUUGUACGCUUUCCUGUUUUCGGUUUCCUUUUCCGUUUGUUUUCCCUGUUUCAAACCGUUUUUCGGAGAUUUUUUGUUUUUAUUUUCUUUUAUUUUUCUUGGUUAAUUGUUACGUUUUCUUACUAGUUUUUUCCCCUGAAGGAUGAUAUACUAAAUUAUAGAGAUGAAAUGAUGAGUAUAAAAUAUAUUAUACAUAUAGUUAUAGCAGAAACAGAAAGAGAAAGAUAAGAUCAGAUGUAAUCUGAAUAUAAAUUGCAGUUAUAAAGAUUUAAAUAAAACAAAACAGAAGAAAAUUUAACAAAGUAAAAUUUAACGACGCAGACGAAAACACAGAAAACAAAAACAAAAAACGAGCGAAACUAAAACAAAACUAGCAAAACAACAACAACAAACACACACACAUACUCACGAACGCAAUAGGAAACGAACACAUUUUUUUGGAUAACGCGCAACUCUCUCGCCUACAACCGCACUCUCUUCUUGGUGACUUAUUUCUAGUGGUGAACGGCUGUGCAACACGUGCAUGCAACUGUUGAACUAACAAACAAUAAUUCAUGAUUUUGAAAUUUUCAGCCAACAUUAUCGAUACUUCUGAGGAACUUCAAAGAAAGCUGCAAUUCUACAAUCAACAAAAAAAAAUCUGUUGGAUUUGAGUAUCAAAUCCAGAAUGUCUGCAUGGGAAAAAAUUCUGUAGUAAAAAUAACUAUUUUAGCUGACUACGCCCAUUCUUGAAACUACCAUGGAAAUUCAGACCAAUUUGUGGGAAGAAUAUGAUGGUUAAUCCACAAUCAAGGGUUGUCUAAUAAGAUCGAAAUGUACAAUACGGUUUCCACUAUUUAAGGUUUGUUGGAAAUAUCAAACACUGAUGCUGAGUAGUGCCAUCGAUGCUGCAGUGUCACAUUCAAGUAACGAUACUCAAAUAAUCGAACAUUAGGGUCAAAGGUUUCUUUUGAAUAAAGUGUUGUUUUCAUAGAUGUUGUCAAUCUAUUAUUAUUUAUUAAGUAUUCUUGAUCAACAGUCUCGUGUUCGCACAGUCUCACCGCAAGCCAAAAUUCUAUCUUAUAGCAGAAAGGCAAAGAAAAAGUUAGGCAAAUCCACGAGCAUCUUAUCGGAGCAGUGAUAAAGAACGUAGCCUCAAUUCUUAGCUGGAACUGAUGUAGCAAAAGAGAAACAAAAACAAAUGAGAAGCAGAACAAAGCAAAAACAAACUAAAACAAAUAAUUUAAAAGAUAAAAAAGCCAUAGCAAGAAAAUAGAAAUAAAAUAAAAACAAACAGAUAGAAGAAGAAACUGCAAGCCACCCACAUAGGUAAACACACACUACACACACUUACACAAGAACACACGUACCAGCAAAAGGAGAAUUCACUGAAAAAAUGAUGAUGAAAUAUGCAAGUUAAUGAAAAAAAUCAGAAAUAAUAGAACUAGAAUUAAAAAGUCCCUCUUUUUGAGCAGAGCAAAGUUAUCUAUAUGCAGAAGCUGCAAUGCUUAAAGUGCAAAUUGGAGAGCAAGGAAAAGGGGAGAGAACACACGUAAAUAAUGACAUAGUCAAUAUAUAUUACUGUUAAAUGUUACACACACAGAGAAACAAAGCGGAUGGGAAGAUUGGCGAUUGGCAACAGAUAAAACUAAAAGUGGAAUGAGUAUAAUCGUAUCCAAAUUUGCUGACAGAUGUAGCGCAAGAACCUUGAUGAAUCAAAAUUUUGCUUACCUUUCUAGCGCUGAGUUACUCGUAGAUGUAGGGUCUAAAUGAAAGUAAGAAAAAAACUAGUAGCGUUUGACGACAACAGACACAAAAUUAAGCGGACCCAUCUGUCGAAGCAGUAAGUUGUGUUUUUUUAUUCAAUGAAUCGUUUACGUUGUUCCAUUGUGAUUAAGUUUCUCUCGUAUAUAAAUAGAUUGGAUAAAAACAGCAGUAUGCUAUAAUUAUUAAUUCGCAAAAACGAAUCGGUAUAAGUAAUAUAGUUGCGUUUCGAGAAUCAUGCUUGGCAUUGAUUGAGACAGAAGAUAACUGAAGCAGAAAUGAAAGCAAAAUACUGGUCACCCGAGAGAGCGAAAGCUAGAUAAAAGAGAUAAACCGAGAAAGCCUCCUAGAGGCAGCUACAAAGUGCACGACGAGAGAUCGGGACCAACAGCUGUGAUCUUAAACAAGAGUAAACAAAAACGGAUGAUAUGAUAUCAUGAAAAAAAAAACAGUUU